AUGUUAGAAAGAGGCCACCAAGUCAUGGUCUUCGUCCACUCGAGGAAGGACACUGUCAUGACGGCGAGAAUGCUGAUGCAGAUGGCUGCGGAGGAAGGCCGCGAUGAUCUGUUUAGCUGCCAUGACCACGAAGACUAUACCUCAGCUCUUCGUGAUAUGAAACAUGCACGAGCAAGAGAACUCCGGGACCUGUUCGCUGCCGGAUUCGGUACACAUCAUGCUGGAAUGGCGCGAACCGAUCGUAAUUUGAUGGAGCGGAUGUUCUCUGAAGGUCUCAUCAAAGUGCUAUGCUGUACAGCCACAUUGGCUUGGGGUGUCAACUUGCCUGCAGCCGCCGUCGUGAUCAAGGGCACUCAGUUAUACAACCCCCAGGAGGGUAAAUUCAUCGACCUGAGCAUUCUUGAUGUGAUGCAGAUCUUUGGUCGUGCUGGUCGUCCACAAUUCCAGGAUACUGGUAUCGGAUUUAUCUGCACUACACACGACAAGCUGAACCACUAUCUCUCCGCUGUCACUGCGCAGCAGCCCAUUGAAUCACGUUUCUCUGCUCGACUUGUCGACAAUUUGAAUGCUGAGAUCUCACUGGGAACCGUGACAUCUGUUCCAGAGGCCGUGCAGUGGCUGGGCUACUCUUACCUCUUUGUGCGCAUGAAGCGCGAGCCGAGAAACUAUGGAAUUGAGUUUGCCGAGCUGCGUGACGAUCCUAUGCUAGUCCAGAGACGUCGGCAAUUGGUUAUACAGGCUGCUCGUGUUCUGCAAAAAAGCCAGAUGAUUAUCUUCAAUGACAAGACUGAAGAUCUUAAAGCCAAGGAUGUGGGUCGCAUUGCAAGCCAAUACUACGUUCUGCAAACCAGCGUUGAGAUCUUCAAUGACAUGAUGCGUGCACGAUCUGGUGAAGCAGACGUGCUGAAGAUGAUCAGUAUGAGUGGUGAAUUCGACAAUAUCCAGUCCCGAGACAGCGAAUCCAAGGAACUGCAACGGUUGCGUGACGAGGUCGCUCAGACCGAGGUUGACGGAGGGAACGACACGCCGCACGCGAAAACCAAUCUCUUGCUCCAGUCUUACAUCUCCCGCGCCAGAAUCGAGGACUUUGCCUUGGCCUCCGAUAUGGGAUAUGUUGCUCAGAAUGCAGCCCGUAUUUGCCGCGCUCUCUUCAUGAUCGCCCUGAAUCGUCGCUGGGGCUAUCAAUGUCAAGUCUUGCUUUCUCUAUGCAAGUCGAUUGAGAAGCAAAUCUGGCCCUUCGACCACCCGUUCCGUCAAUUCGAUUUACCACAGCCGGUGCUGAGGAACCUCGACGAAAAGCUGCCGAGUACCUCCAUCGAAUCUAUGAGGGAAAUGGAACCUGCAGAAAUUGGUCAGCUUGUUCACAACCACCGCAUGGGUAACACUUUGUCCAAGCUGUUGGACAAUUUCCCUACCCUUAGCGUUGAAACUGAGAUUGCUCCGCUCAACCGUGACGUGCUUCGCAUUCGUCUCUCGAUUUACCCGGAGUUUACUUGGAAUGACCGUCACCACGGCACAUCUGAAUCUUUCUGGGUUUGGGUGGAGAACUCGGAAACAUCUGAGAUUUAUCACCACGAAUAUUUCAUCCUGAGCCGCAAGAAGCUUUACAACGAUCAUGAGCUCAAUUUCACCAUACCACUUUCCGAUCCACUGCCAAGCCAGAUCUAUAUUCGCGUGAUAUCCGAUCGCUGGCUGGGCGCCGAAACUGUCAGCCCGGUUUCUUUCCAGCAUCUCAUCCGGCCCGACACCGAAAAACCCCAUUCUUGA